AUGGAUACUGCUACUGGAAUGAUGGACCCUUCGCCACAGAACGAAAGACUGGAAACAUUACAUCUACCACUAGGUAGCCUUACUCAACCAACUCAACAUAUUAGUCCUCUGACACCACACUAUUCAGUACCUUCAUCACCGCUGCCCCGAAUGGUAUGCUACUGCGAGAAUGGUAUAUUGACAGAUGAUGAUCCCAUCAAAAUUGCCUACCUCGCUUUCACCCGUAGUUAUCACGACGUAACAUGCAAAGAAGAUUUCAAUCUCUCCUUUGGACUAUUCAUCAGAUUACUCUGCGAUUUAUUCUUUUGGCUGGAAUCGGUAUCAUACCACUUCAUUGAAGAGUGGUUCGAUGAAUGGAUAAUCCGAAUUUUUAUCAAGCACAGAUGUCAAAAGCUCAUCGGUCCAUCGUUCAAGCAGGAAUGGUUGGAAAUGAUGAAUUCACCGUGGAUGGCAAACGCGAAACCUUUGAUCGAUCGAACUAUUUUGGACAAGGCAAUACGGACAUCUGCUGGAAGGAAUAACCUCUUGAUGAGUAUUGGUGAAAAUGAGGCGUACUUUGAAAAGAUGCAUCAAGAUAAUGGUGCCUACCCGGAAAAUUAUCAAGUUCACAAGGAUAAGUGUCAGAGGCUCAGGGCUUUUAUAAGUGAGCUGGAUUCUCGUUAA